CUCAGUAUAGCAGAGAUGAGGACUGUUUUGAUGGUAGCAGAGAAACCUUCUCUGGCACAAUCCAUCGCUAAAAUCCUUUCUAAAGGUAGCUGUUCUAGUCAUAAAGGUCUGAAUGGAGCAUGCUCGGUGCACGAGUAUGUGGGAUCUUUCAUGGGCCAAAGCGUCCGUUUCAAGAUGACGUCAGUCUGUGGCCACGUCAUGAGUCUGGAUUUUACAGGAAAAUACAAUAAUUGGGAUAAAGUGGAUCCUGCAGAGCUGUUCAGCAAAGCACCAACUGAGAAGAAAGAGGCCAACCCUAAACUCAACAUGGUCAAAUUCUUGCAGGUUGAAGCCAAAGGUUGUGACUACGUUGUUUUAUGGUUGGAUUGUGACAAAGAGGGAGAAAACAUUUGUUUUGAGGUCUUAGAUGCCAUCCAGCCAGUGAUGAAUAAAUCAUACGGUAAUGAGCGCACCAUAUACCGGGCUAAGUUCAGCUCCAUCACAGAUACAGAUAUAUGUAAUGCCAUGAACCAGCUGGGGGAACCAAACAAGAAUGAGGCUCUGUCUGUAGAUGCUCGGCAAGAGCUGGAUCUUCGAAUCGGCUGUGCUUUUACACGCUUUCAAACCAAGUACUUUCAAGGAAAAUACGGUAAUCUGGACUCUUCUCUGAUCUCCUUUGGCCCAUGCCAAACACCAACACUGGGGUUCUGUGUAGAGCGACAUGAUAAAAUCCAGUCCUUCAAACCUGAGACUUACUGGGUCAUCCAGGCCAAGGUGUUUAAAGGGAAGGACAGUCCUAUCACAUUAGACUGGAAUCGUGUGCGUGUGUUUGACAGAGAAGUUGGACAGAUGUUUGUUAACUUGGCAAAGUCAGCCAGAGAAGCUCAGGUUGAGUCGGUCAGUAAGAAGGAAAAAGCCAAGCAGAGGCCUCUGGCCUUGAACACUGUGGAGAUGUUACGAGUAGCCAGUUCUGCCUUGGGAAUGGGUCCUCAGCAUACCAUGCAGAUAGCAGAGCGUUUAUACACACAGGGUUACAUCAGCUACCCUCGCACAGAGACCACACACUACCCUGAAAACUUUGACCUCAAGGGAACACUCAGACAACAGUCCAACAACUCCUACUGGGCAGAGACGGUAAAAGCUUUACUUGCUGAAGGUAUUAACCGACCUCGAAAAGGCGCGGAUGCAGGAGAUCAUCCACCGAUCACCCCGAUGAGGGCUGCCACUGAGAGCGAGCUCGGCAGUGACGGCUGGAGGUUAUAUGAGUAUAUAACACGCCACUUUAUAGCCACAAUCAGCCAUGACUGCAAGUUCCUGCAGACCACUAUUAACUUCCAAAUCGGAUCCGAGGGAUUCUCCUGCUCCGGCAAAACUCUUAUCUCUGCUGGUUUUACAGAGGUGAUGCCAUGGCAGGGUAUUGCACUUGAGGAGGCGUUGCCAGUGUGUGAAAAAGGAGACACGUUUACAGUAGAUGAUAUUAAACUGCUGGAGAAACAGACAAACCCGCCUGACUAUCUCACCGAGGCUGAACUCAUCACACUCAUGGAGAAACACGGCAUUGGAACUGAUGCUAGUAUAUCUGUUCACAUUAAUAACAUCUGUCAGAGGAAUUACGUCACUGUAGAGAGUGGACGCAAACUUAAACCUACCAAUCUGGGUAUUGUCCUAGUACAUGGCUACUACAAAAUAGAUGCAGAGUUGGUGUUGCCCACCAUCCGCAGUGCAGUGGAGAAGCAGCUGAAUCUUAUCGCUUUGGGGAAAGCAAACUACCAUCAGGUUCUGCAGCACACGCUGGACAUCUUUAAGAGAAAGUUCCACUAUUUUGUUGAUUCCAUUGCUGGUAUGGAUGAGCUGAUGGAGGUGUCCUUUUCACCCAUUGCUGCUACAGGGAAGCCUUUUUCACGCUGUGGAAAGUGUCAUCGCUUCAUGAAGUACAUUCAGGCCAAACCAAGUCGGCUGCAUUGUUCCCACUGUGAUGAGACAUACAGUCUGCCUCAGAAUGGAGCCAUCAAACUCUACAAGGAGCUGAGAUGUCCUCUGGAUGAGUUUGAACUGGUGCUGUGGACAUCAGGUUCACGUGGGAAAAGCUACUCACUGUGUCCCUACUGCUUUAGCAACCCUCCCUUCAGAGACAUGAAGAAAGGCAUGGGCUGUAAUGAGUGUACCCAUCCAUCUUGUCCACACUCUCUCAACUCUCUCGGCAUCGGUCAGUGUGUGGAGUGCGAGACUGGCGUCCUCGUUUUUGACCCUAAUUCUGGCCCGAAGUGGCGCAUGGCCUGUAACAAGUGCACCGUGGUGGUGCAUUUCUUUGAACAGGCUCAUAAAAUGCAGGUCGCUCAGGACAGCUGCGAGUCUUGCGAGGCCUCGUUGGUCAUGGUGGACUUCAACAAAGCUCGAUCACCUCUGGGUGAGGGCGAGACGCAACACACCGGCUGUGUUUUCUGUGAUCCUGUCUUUCAGGAUCUGGUGGAGCUCAAGCAUGCUGCCAUGAGGCAUCCUAUGCACAGAGGAGGAGGAGCUCGCAGGGGACGGGGUAGAGGCAGAGGAAGGAGGCCUGGCAGCCGAGCCAAUCCCAAGAAGCCAAAAGACAAAAUGGCAGCACUUGCAGCAUACUUUGUAUAGAGUAUACAUGUAAAAAAAACUAACAAACAUGAAUCUGUCAUGAGUGCUACCUAUCAAAUAGGUAGUAAAUUAAAAAAAUUGUAAUAAAUUUUUAUGGAAAUGUG